AGGCCCCUCGGUGGCGUGCAUGGUUCCAUUUCUUGGAUUGACUUGCUUUUCAGUUCCUUCCAGUUUUUGUCCCACCUUUGUUGGGUAUCUUUCUGUUUUUUGUUUGUUUGUUUGUUUUCUUUUUUAAGGAAAACAACAAUCUCUCUCAUAUUCUUACUUCAAGUUGCCUUAAAGUCUUUGUGCCUCUGUCCUCCACAUCUCAGAGGGCUGGACUCUCUUAAUCUCAGUUUGGUGAGUUCCUGUUACCCUGGUCUUAUUAAACUGUGCUGGUUCCCAGCCUUCUAGGGCUAAAGGCUUCAGAGCUGAAGUCAGAGGCAUUGCAACUUCCAAACCAUGUACCCCGAGCGAAGGAAGACCUUGUGGGCCAGCUUAGGGUGAGGGCUGGGACAGUCCCAGGCCCCUUCCAGAGCCUAGUCAGUGUGACUCUGCCCUGCCGGCCCCUCCGCAGCAGUUCGCAAGAAACCAAAAUUGCUUGCCUGGAUGCUACUACUGGACUUGCCCCUGGAAGGCGCUGGAGAGAGCCGCUGCUUCUCUAUGCUCUGGCAAGCAGCCCUGGCUAGGGCAGGUGAGGCACAGGAGCAUCGAGAGUGACCGGAUAUUGUAGGGAAGGGGCCACUGUGCGCACAGGCAGGAGACCCAAACAAGUCUGCCUUGGUGCGAGUCGGGGGCCCGGAAGGGAGCUCCUGGAUUUCGGUCCCUCCCCUUUUCCCUGCUCUGUCUUGGAGCACUGGGGCCGUCAGACCCUCCUACUGUCUGGUACCUGCCUGGAGAAGAUACUAUCUCUCCUCCACGCCCUCCACCAUGGACAAUGAUCUUAACGACUCCAAGCCAAUGGAGGACUGCAAGAGUCGUCAGUGGCUCGAUUCCGGGGAAAGCCCAGCCAUCAGCUCGGUGAUGUUCUCGGCCGGGGUCCUGGGGAACCUCAUCGCACUGGCACUGUUGGCGCGCCGCUGGCGUGGGGACACCGGGUGUAGCGCCGGCAGCAGGACCUCUAUCUCCUUGUUCCACGUGUUGGUAACGGAACUGGUGUUCACCGACUUGCUGGGGACCUGCCUCAUCAGCCCGGUGGUGCUGGCUUCUUAUUCGAGAAACCAGACCCUGGUGGCCCUGGCUCCCGAAAGCCGCGCGUGUACCUAUUUCGCUUUCACUAUGACCUUCUUUAGUCUGGCCACGAUGCUCAUGCUCUUUGCCAUGGCCCUGGAACGCUACCUCUCCAUCGGACACCCCUACUUCUACAGACGCCACUUAGCGCGCCGCGGGGGUCUGGCGGUGCUGCCUGUCAUCUACGGGGUCUCUUUGCUCUUCUGUUCCCUGCCGCUGCUCAACUAUGGGGAGUACAUCCAGUACUGUCCUGGGACGUGGUGUUUUAUCCGGCACGAGAGGACUGCAUACCUUCAGCUGUACGCCACCAUGCUCCUGCUGCUCAUCGUGGCUGUGCUUGCCUGCAACAUCAGCGUUAUCCUCAACCUCAUUCGCAUGCACCAUCGGAGCAGAAGAAGCCGCUGCGGAUUGUCUAGCAAUAGCCUAAGAGGCCCUGGAUCUCGCAGGAGAGGAGAAAGGACUUCAAUGGCAGAGGAGACGGACCACCUCAUUCUCCUAGCCAUUAUGACCAUCACCUUCGCCAUAUGCUCCUUGCCUUUCACAAUCUUUGCUUAUAUGGAUGAAACCUCUUCCCUAAAGGAAAAGUGGGACCUCCGAGCUCUUCGAUUUUUAUCAGUUAACUCUAUAAUUGAUCCUUGGGUCUUUGCCAUCCUUAGGCCACCGGUCCUGAGGUUAAUGCGCUCAGUCCUCUGUUGUCGGACUUCACUGAGAACACAAGAAGCUCAACUAACUUCCUGUUCUACCCAGUCCACUGCCAGUAAACAGACUGACCUUUGUGGGCAGUUGUGAGGAUGCACUUCACGAGGAAACCUCUGAAGAAGCCUUGAAAUGGCCUCGUUGGAGAAAUGUAAAGGGCUGGGAUAUAAACAAAAUAGCCUUGCUCUGAGAAAGCAGAUGAAGCAGACUUUACGAGGUGGUUUGGGCUGCAGAUGUGACGACAGGGCCCUUUGUGGAAAGUGUCAGAGGAUGGAUAAAGCUCAUAUUAUGUGCCCUUUGAAGGACAAUCAGCUGUGUCUAAGACACAGUUGAUUUAAGCUUUCCUGUUGAAUGACAAAGCUUGUGGUUUUGUAAUUUGUUUUAAAACUCUACAUGGUUACUGUCUCCUGUUUUAAUUUCAAUGCCACUGCCGUUAUAAACAGUCAGACUAAAUGAAACUCAUUCUCUAGGAAGUCAAUUCGUGCAAUCGAUGAAGCAACCAGAGCAGACAAGUUGCUGUCUCAUGAUUGCUUAAUGGAGUCUUUAUUUGGACCAUGAAGCUGAAAGCCAGUGGCCCCUUUCACUGUGUGUGUUCAUGUCACUACUGUGCCACCCUUGAAAGGCACUGAUUUUGGUUAAUGCCAGUUUGGGUCACCCAUCCUUUAAGAGCUCUGUCAUGUUGUCAGAUUAUUUAUUCUGUCUUAUCUAUUGUAAGGAGGCUACUGAAGAAAAUGUCAGAAAUUUGUGUCUCACAAAGAAAUAAUAAAAACUCUAUUUUAAUUAGU